AUGAUCACUCGCUUCUUGACGUCCGUUUCGACCGCUUUCUCUCCCUUCAACCCCAAGUCUGGCAAGACGGCCCGCAACUUCCUCGCCCUUCUCCCGCCAAAUGCCCGCCAAACCAUGAAGAUCGAUAUCAAGCAACUACCCAGAGUCGAUGCCAACAAGCCCGCUCUCUUGGCUCUCAAAUUCAGUACAGCCCUCUACACGCCCUUUCUGAUACGCCUCUUGCUUACACCGAAUCACAGAGNNGAUGGCAAAGAGAUGAACCUUGAUUUGGAGACAUUGAAGAUCAAGGACAUCAUGACAGAGGUCGACAGACACUCGCGCAUGCUCGGCAGAAAGGAAGAGCUGGCUGGUUGA